AUGGUUAACCCCUAUUUCGACCCGAACUACAAUCCUUAUCCUCCGCAUGUUCUGCUCGGAACCGGGGUACUGUUCAUUAUUAUUCCCAUUCUUUCCGUCGGACUAAGAUUCUACACGCGAUGGGCGAGUGGGACAAAAGUGGGUGUCGACGACUGGAUCACGAUUCCAUCGAUGAUUAUCUGCAUUUUAUUGUCGAUAACUCAAAUAAUCGCAACCACGACCGGGGGACUUGGAGGUCACCAAGAACUCAUUGACGGCCAAAUUGGCCACACGGAUCAGCUAACCGCAUACGAAAAGACAAAGUACAUCUACGAGCUUCUCGGGACAAGUGGUCUAUGGAUUGUCAAACUAUCAGCACUUCUCUUCUAUCGCAGAAUAUUCUCGGUGGGAGUCUAUCGUACCGUAAACAACGUUUUCAUCGGUUUGACAAUCGCCUGGGGCAUCGCGUUCACCUUCGCCGUAGCUUUCCAGUGCACGCCGGUGUCAACACUAUGGGACCGCCUCGAGCCAGAAUUUGGUACGGCGUGCAUUGGCGGGCCUUCGUUCUACCUUUCUCUAGCUAUUUCGGAUUUAAUAUUGGAUAUAUCUAUCUUCAUUGUACCUAUUCCACACAUACAGCAGUUGCGAAUGCCCCGGAGACAGAAAGUCGCAGUGAUUGGCGUCUUUUUACUCGGAUCUGUUGUAAUCGCGAUAGGCAUCACGCGCGCCAUUAUUUUCGGAUGGGUCGUAGCAUUCGCCACAGUCCACCCACUGGCCUACUUCUCCGACAUAACUUGGUACACAACAGGAGUAUUAUUCUGGCACCUAGUGGAAAACGUAGUUGGUUUGCUUGGAUGCUGCCUGCCAACUUAUGCGCCGCUAUUCAAAAGCUUAUUGCAGAAGCGAAAAAUGACGGAUGAUUCUACAGAGUCGUCACAUAGAGGCCCCGACAAACGAAGACGUCCAUCACUACACCUCGAAGAUGAGGCAGCACCGGCAUUGGGGGAUAAUUUGAGCCAUUCGUCCAGCUACCGAAUCAGCAACUACAAAUAACCAUCAAUAGGCCGUUACACGGAGACGGCUCGGUCGCUUAGGGAUCAUUAAUAAAUGCCGGAAAGAUAUAAUAAGUUUUUAUUCAUAAUUAG